AUGGCAAACAUUCCAGCAAUGCCGACAAGCACACCUUUGAACAUAAGCACUGGCAACACUCAAGUAGAUGAAACUGCAGCCGAUACUGAAGUGAAUGAUGAAACUGAUGACGAAGCACAAGGGGAUGAAGAUGGUGGGCAAUCAGAGAUCAUGGUACCUCGGCCACCUUACGUUGGGCAGAGAUUUGAAUUGUUCGCAGAGGCAAAGGAAUUCUACCAGACAUAUGCAAAGUUCCAUGGAUUUGCGGUCAACACCGAAUACCAUAGGAAAAUUAAGAAAACUAACGAGUACAGCAGAGCUGACGUCACAAACCUAAAGGCAAAGUACCGUAGAGAGAGCAAGUUGGCUGACAUAGAGGCCACAAUGGCCUACUUCGAUGAGAAAGCGAGGGAAGAUCCAGAUUUCUUCUACAGGAUAAGAUUGGACGAUGAGGACCGUGUCAGGAACAUGUAUUGGGUGGAUGGUGCUGCAAGAAGAGCCUACAAACAUUUCCGAGAUUGCAUUUCAUUCGACGCGACAUCUCUCACUAAUAUGUACAAGAUGCCAUGCGCUCCAUUCAUAGGAAUAAAUAACCACAAUCAGUCAUUGCAGUUCGGAUGUGGGCUCGUUCGGAACGAAGACACGGAUGGGUACGUUUGGCUUUUCAAGACCUUCUUGGAGUGCAUGGGUGGACUUGCUCCGAUGAACAUAAUAACAGACCAGGAUUUUAGCAUGCGUGCAGGCAUAGAGGAGGUCUUUCCGUUGGCAGUGCACAUGCACUGCAGGUGGCACAUUAUAAAGAAGGCUGAGGAGACACUAGGACCGUUCUUUGCUGACCGUCCAGACCUGCACAAGGCAUUCGAGCUGUGCGUGGACCACAGCUUGACGGUGGAGGAGUUUGAAAGGGGCUGGAUGGCUAUGAUUGAAACAUAUCAAGUCCAAGACCACGAGACGCUUGCUAGCUUGUGGGAGAAGCGAAUGUACUGGGUGCCGGCCUACUUCAUGCAGUGCUUCUUCCCGUUUCUGCAGACUACACAACGCAGUGAGGGGUUCAAUGCUGUUUUGAAACGGUACGUGAGCCCUGGAAACUCAUUACUACAGUUUGCCAAGCAGUACACUGCUUUGCAACAAAAAAUAUUGGGAUCCAAGCUACAGCAAGAAGCAAACACCGCGCUCAAGCAGCCAAAAUUGCUAACGUAUUUACCAAUGGAGAGGCAGAUGAGCAAGAUAUACACCAACACGAUUUUUAACAAGUAA